UUAAAUGAUUUCAUAGAGAAUAUUCUAUCAAUCCGCACAAACGAUUUCGAGUAUCCCGAGUCGGAGAUGGACGAUCUGGAAAGUUUGUACUUUGACACAAUCUCAUUGGCCGACUCUGAGGCUGCUGCUGCCAUCGCUGCCGCACAUCGCAAAUCACUUUCGCAAUCCCGCAACACAAUCUAUCACUCGGCAGUUGAUUUGGCGGGCGAAGAUACACCGUCGAAGCGUCGAAGUUUACGUCUGGAAAAUGGCAACAAAAAUAAUGCGGCACCGGCACUAAAUAAUCCGAACAAUCGUUUGCCAUACAAUCCAAAUUAUCGCCACUCAUCAGCGUUGGAACAAUAUAGCAGUGCCAAUAACAACAGCGGGCCAGGCGUUGCCGAUCAAACGGAUGCUGCUAUUGCGGCACAAGUGCUGGCCAUGCACAAUGGACGCUCGCACGCAUACCCCAACAACACUACCAGCACUUACAAGAGCAAUAGUACAUCGCAUCUGAAUGCUGAUGAGGUCUCUAAACGUCUCUUACAAAGUAGCACAAAUACUAGUAAAGAUAAGAAAUUGCCAAUUACGUACUCCCAAUGGAAAUUUAGGACACGUCGGCGCUUCCAAGAUGGCAAACGCAGCGUUGAUUUCGUCUUGGCCUAUAUUGGCGAUGAUGAUUAUAUACCCGAGAAUCGACGAAAACGUGAAAUCUUUGAAACGAAUUUAAUUAAGGAAGGCCUACAUUUGGAGCCUGAUAAUACACAGCGCAUACAUUUCAUAAAAAUUCAUGCGCCACUGGAAGUGCUUUGCCGCUACGCGGAGAUAUUAAAGAUUAAGUUGCCAAUGAAAAAGAUCCCCGGCCAGGAGCUUAUAAAGGACGAUGAUUUUCGCAUAAAAGAUUGUCUAACUUCAUCCUGUAGUCGAAUUUUCAGUUGGUUGCGCGUCAGCCCGGAACGGCCGUAUCGCAUACACUUUGAAUUCUCCCGCAAUUAUCAGCACUUGUUCGAAUGGGAUCAGCCGAAUUUCUUUGAUGCCGGUGUUCGGAACUCAAUCAUUAAUUUUAUAUUGGAGCGGCAGCAUUUUGUUGAGGGCGAGGAAACCGCUGACAAUUUGGGUAUUGAAAAAUUGUUGGGCGAUCGUGUUUACCACAGCGCAUAUCCGCUACAUGACGAUACGGAUCGAGACUUUCUACUGCAAGAAUGGGCUACGCUGCGGAAGUGGAUACACUUACAACCUCUGGAUAGCAUUAAAGAGUAUUUUGGUGCAAAAGUAGCCUUAUAUUUUGCUUGGUUGGGUUUCUACACUCACAUGCUAAUACCCGUUAGCGUACUCGGUAUUUUAUGUUUCAUCUAUGGAUUUGUAACGUGGAGCAGAGAUCCCAUAAGCCGCCAAAUUUGCAACGAUAACCAAACAACUCUUAUGUGCCCACAAUGUGAUCGAAACUGUAACUAUUGGCUGCUGGAAGAGACUUGUAAUUCAUCGAAAAUGAACUAUCUAAUAGAUAAUAAUAUGACAGUUGUAUUUGCAUCGAUAAUGGCCAUUUGGGCUGUACUCUACCUGGAGCUCUGGAAGCGCUACUCAGCAACUUUGGUGCAUCGAUGGGGAUUGACCAGCUUCUCACAGCAUGUGGAACAUCCGCGACCGCAGUAUUUAUCGAAACUACAAAAGCACAAGGAUAUUACGGAGCGUUGGAAGAAAAGCAAUAAUAUAUUAGAGCCGGACGUUCCAUUUUGGCGUAUAAAAUUUUUACCAAGUUUUACAAGUUACAGCAUUAUGGUUUUGUUUAUCUGCGUUUCGCUCAUUGCGAUUUUCUCUAUGAUUGUCUAUCGUAUGGCACAAAAGGCAUCACAUAGCAUUUUAGGUAACGAAGAUUCAAUGACCUUCAAAAUAAUGGUGCUUCCCAUGACGGCUGGUAUCAUCGAUCUAAUAGUCAUUUCUAUGCUCGAUUAUGUCUACACCUCACUGGCCGUUCAUCUCACGAAUAUGGAAUAUUGUCGUACACAAACGCAGUACGAUGAAAGCCUGACAAUUAAGAACUAUGUUUUUCAAUUUGUCAACUACUAUUCCUCGUUAUUUUAUAUUGCAUUCCUAAAGGGGAAAUUCGUGGGCUACCCAGCCAAAUAUAAUCGAAUAUUGGGGUUUCGGCAGGAAGAAUGCAAUCCAGGUGGUUGUUUGAUGGAACUCUGCAUGCAACUUGUCAUCAUUAUGGUGGGCAAGCAGGCGGUAAAUGCUAUUGUAGAAAUGCUAUUUCCAUAUAUUAUGCGUUGCAUACGUAAGCUUUCUGCGCGCAUUGGCAUGAGAAAAGUGGAAAGUGAAGAGAAGCUAAUAUCGUGCAAUCAGUGGACUGAGGAUUAUCAUCUAGAACCAUCGAAUACAAAUUCGCUAUUCUCAGAGUAUUUGGAAAUGGUUCUGCAAUUUGGCUUCAUAACACUUUUCGGCUUGGCUUUCCCACUGGCGCCGCUACUAGCGCUAAUUAAUAAUGUCAUUGAAGUACGCUUGGAUGCUAUAAAAAUGUUAAGGCUUAUUCGUCGUCCGGUAGCACAACGUGCUUGUAAUAUUGGGGUUUGGUAUAAUAUGAUGGCAAUUGUUACGCGAAUCGCCGUCGCAUCGAGUGCCAUGAUCAUUGCAUUUUCUACAAAUCUCAUACCGAAACUUGUCUACACAACUGCCACGAAUGAUGCAUCCUUAGAGGGAUAUCUAAAUUUUACGCUUGCCUAUUUUAACACAGCGGACUUCCAGGUACAGCCCGUCCUGCUGGGGAGUACCUAUGAAAAUGUAACCUCCUGUCGCUAUACUGAAUUCCGUAAUCCGCCCUGGGAUGAUCAUCCUUACAAGCGACCAUCGUAUUACUGGAAAAUACUGACUGGACGUCUAGCGUUCAUCGUUAUUUUUCAGAACGUCAUCGGCAUGAUUCAAGGAAUAAUCGCCUGGGCAAUUGCUGACGAGCCAAGUAAACUGCGCAAGCGUAUAGAGCGCGAAGGUUUCCUUCUACGCGAGCACGUAAUUGAGUAUGAAAAGAAAACUGCUGCUGAGAAAGCAGCUGCACGCCGAGCGAUAGACGAAGCACAAUACGAAGAUGAAAAGGCACAAAAUCAAAUGGACUACUACGCGAACAAUAAAGAACCUAUGUCACAACCACAGACGGUACAGCGGGACUAUGCCGAUAAUGACGCAACAGUUGUUUAUAGAAAUGAACGUACAACGCCACUAUAGAACAACGAAACCCUUCGUUUUUUUAAUACGCUCUAAGUAGUUUCACUAUUUUUAAAUGUAUGGGGAUCGAAAUAACAACUUAUUUAUAAAAUUUGUAGGGUUAAUGUAGAUGAUGAGUGCAUUAUAGUUAGAGGUUAAGAGCGACUUAACUGCAUAGCAAAAACACAAAUUGCAAUUAGUAAAUGAAGGUUUUUUUGGUGAAGCCUUAUUUACGGUUUUUAUAUAUUGUUUUUAUAUAUUGUAUUAGAAAGGCUUAAAAUAUUUAUGUCAAAUUGGAAGGAUACUAUUUUUAGGUACUUAAAGAUUCAUAAGCUAAACAUCACUGUUGUGCAUGUUACUGUUAUCGAUGUAAAUAAUUAGUAUUUAAUAGUAGAUGCUCUGUUGAAAACAUAGGUAUAAAAAUACUAAUUAAACAACACCAGUGAAAUAGAAACUUUAAACUGCUCAAAAUUAUAUUCAUACAUUUUGCAUUGCUAAUAAAAUUUAAUAAUUUUGUAAAGUUUUUUGUAAUUUUGUAAACUAUUUUACUAACACAUAAGUAGGCAAUACAAAGUUUAUUUUGUAUAUAAAAAUGUAACAGAUUAAAUUUUAUCGCAAAAUCGUACCGCAUUUGUUAAUUAGUUAAUUAAUUGUGAUAAAGAGAAAGCUAUGCAAGUUUUAUAUGUAUAUGAUCCGUUGCAUUUUCAGCCACAUUUGCCUUAAAGUACAUUCAUACAUAAAAGCAAAAACAAAGCCAAAUGUAUUUCAUACGUUUAUAACGCAAUCAAUCAGAUUAAAGUUGAUUCAAAUCUCGCCAGAGGUAUACAUACAUAUAUGUUUAUAUCUAGUUAAAUGUGUAUGUCCAUUUUUCGUAGCAGUAUUGCAAUAGCAAAAGUAGUAAAUUAUGUAAAACUCACAAAAGAUCGCAAACAUUUUACACAACAGUAAAUAGCUAUUUUAAAUUAGUCGAAAAGUAGUUGUUUUUACCGAAAAUAAAUGUAUUCAAUAAAAAAAAAACACAAGGACAAAAAGCGUCAAUCCCGUGCAUAUAUGUAUACUACAUCUUUGUUCUUAUGCAAUAACCGCUUCAAGGAAGUUUUUAAUGCGGUUUGGAGAGAGUAUUUACAUAGCCCGUGCAGCAUUCGCAGUCCCAUACUGUGUAUAUAGCAUAUUAUAGUAAUAGACUUGAGCGGUUAUUGCAAACAAUUACAGAUAAAAUCGUAAUAGACCUGUCUCAAACUCAAAUCGUGUACCUAUCUAUCUGCACUUCCAUUUCAAUUGUUAACUACAUACUUACCCUAUUUACAUACAUACAUAUAUAUAUCUAUCGAAUCAAAAUCAUUAAAUAUGUAUUGCAAGCGUAUCUGCACUUAAAUAUGCAUACAAACAUAUGUACAUAUAUGCAUAGUCGUUAUGUGAUUGUGCUGUCAUAAAGUGUUGUUAUGUAUAUUAAAUUCGUUUACAAAACUUUUAUAUAUUUUAUAUGAGAUUUUAUUGUGUAUAACAAGCGUAAAUAUGUUCUAAAUAAAUAUGUUUCUAUUUACACAUUCUUUUAUGUAAAUAAAUA